AUGUCCAAUUCAAGCCGUGACCGUCAACUCUUGCGAGACCUGAACCGCCUUGACCGCCGACGAGAAGCAGAAGCACAAGCAGAAGCCACCGACCGCUCAACCGAAGACGAAACUAGGAGACAGAGACUACAAAGAGUGCUUGCUAGACUCAGCCGCUUGGAAGACUCGAGGCCGACAUAUGGCGUGCCACCGACACACAACCAGUCCCUCUAUGACUGGGCCCCUACUCGUACCAGCGAGGACCACGAAUCCGAGCAAGCCGCCUCGCGCCGUCGUACCCUUUACCGUCGCCAUGACUUGAGGAGCGCUGCUAUCAUGCAGAAUGCCCGUACCAGCGCCCUCUCGCCCAGUGCGACCCAACGGGACAUCCAAAGUACGAACGAUACUCAAGACGCUCGAAGCGCAUACCGACGCACAUAUUUGGCCGAUAGCCCUGCUCAGGAACCAUCGCCCUCGACUUCUUUGUCACGUCCAUCGCCUCUGCUCGAGUCCGCUGUGAGAUAUCUCGACCAUGUGCGCGAAUGCUCUUCAUACGACGAGUCGCUGUCUUUGGCCUUGGACCAUGGCCUCUUUGCUCCCGAGUGCUAUGAUGACCUAAUAACAGAUACGGGUAGCUCUCUUCAUCCACAGCCUUCCUCAUGGCUUGCACCGGGCGCUGUCUUUCGUGGUACUCAACAUACCACAACAUCCGCCAAAGCAUCCUCUCUACGUACACCACCAGCAUUCGAUGCUACUCGUCCAUGGCUCGGCCACACUCCGACUCCAUACUCUCGUUCGUCCCCUCAGUCCUUUUCUGGCAACCCUUUUUCGUAUCUGUCGACACCGCUUCGGGAUGUUCAAGAUCGUUGGCCAGUCAAAGUCACAGUUCAAGCUGUGAAUUUGGAGAACAUGAGCAUGGCUGGUACCAUGGAGGCUUUCGACGUUCCUAACACAACACAUACAUCUGCCGAGACAGGCGUUCCAACACCUCCAAUUACGACGUAUCUGGAAGGGCAGAUUAUCGACCUAAACGUACACACCUUUCUCACACCCACCAGAUCGCCAAAUCAUGGAGGAAUCACGUUCCCUCCGACCACAGCUCAAACAGAUGCGUCAUACUGGCGAAAUUUACCGCCCUUCAACAACAUGAAAUCAGACGAAGACGUCGCGCGAGCAAUGCUAAGUCGCGCGCAAAUGGACGAGAUCAUGUCAGAAUGGAUAUUCAUGCGCUGGAAGGAGCGAUGCUUUAUACACUCCGAAUCCGAUCUCUGUCAGGGACACUCGGAGCGUCUGGCUGGCGAGGGUGACGACAAUGAUUUGAAUCAUGGCCUGACUAUCAGUGGGUUUUACUAUGUUAGUCUGAGGAGAAGCGAUGGGAAUAUCGACGGUCUUUACUUUGACACCAAGACGAGUCCUUAUCAACAUUUGAGGCUUGCUGCGAGGAGUGGUGGAACGCUCGGGUCGUGGCAGUUUAGAUGA